AUGCCCAUUCAGGCAGAGGAGUCAGUGUGCAGGAGACUGGGCACAGCACUGCUGCCUGAAUUGACCAAAGAGGGUGAUUUCAACAUUGGAGGCAUCUUCAACUUUCGCACAGGACAGGAUGGACAAACAUUUACGUUUCAGAGCUUACCAGCACAAGCAAAAUGCAAAACUUUCAGUUACAGAGAGGUCCAGUUUGCCUUCACCCUGAUCUUUGCAACAGAGGAGAUAAAUAAAAACUCAUAUAUUUUACCAAACCACACACUGGGAUAUAAAAUCUACAAUGCAUGUGGUUUUGCAAACAUCAUCGAGUCUGCAAUUGCACUGUCAAAUGGGCAAAGGCCUAUUAUCAAUGAAAGCAACUGUACUAAGGCAGACACUGUUCAUGCUAUAAUAGGCAACUCAGCAUCCACUCCAACCAUGGGGUUUGCAAGGAUAAUCGGUCGGUUUUAUAUUCCAGUGAUCAGUCAUUUUGCUACCUGUGCAUGCUUGAGCAACAGAAAAGAGUAUCCUUCCUUCUUCAGAACCAUUCCCAGUGAUUACUAUCAGAGCAGAGCACUGGCUCAGCUAGUCAAGUACUUUGGAUGGACCUGGGUAGGGGCCAUAAGUAACAAAUAUGACUAUGGAGUGAAUGGAAUAGCCACAUUUAUUAUAGCAGCCCAAGAGGAAGGGGUGUGUAUAGAGUACUGGGAAACCUUUACAAGCACAGAUUCUGCGAGUUCACUAGCAAAAGUAGUGCAUGUUAUAAAACAGUCCACAGCAAAGGUGGUAAUGGCAUUCAUGUCUCAUGUAGAGAUUAAAGUCUUGUUAGACUUAUUAUACCAGCAGAAUAUCACAGGACUGCAGUGGAUUGGCAGUGAUGCCUGGAUCACAGACAACACUCUCACAGAGAGCCUGGGAUACACUGCUCUUAUUGGCUCUCUAGGUUUCACUGUACCCAGGGCUCAAAUUCCUGGACUAGACCUUUUUCUACAGGAAGUCAAUCCCUCACCAGAUCUAAGGACAUGUAAUGGCUCUGAGCAAUUUAAAAAUGUAAAGACAUUCUUUACUGAUGUAUCUGACUUAAGGUUCACAAACAAUGUCUACAAAGCUGUUUAUGCGGUGGCCCAUGCUCUCCAUAAACUGCUUUCAUGUGAGGAAAACAAAGGCCCCUUUCCAAAUGCAACCUGUGCCAAACCCUCUAACAUACAACAAUGGCAGGUCUUACACUAUCUGCAAACUGUGAACUUCAGCAUGGAAGGGGGUGAAACUGUGUUUUUUGACAACAAAGGUGACUCUCCUGCAAGAUAUGAACUGAUAAACUUGCAAAGGGCCACAAAAAGUACAAUGGAAGUGGUCACCAUUGGCUAUUAUGAUGCAACCCGUCCUAAAGACAAGAGGUUUACCAUGAAUAAUGUCAACAUUGUUUGGGCAGGAGGCAGACAAAAGGUGCCAGUGUCUGUUUGUAGUGAGCACUGUCCCCCGGGCACCAGGAAGUCUUUACAGAAAGGAAAGCCUGUCUGCUGCUAUGACUGCAUACCCUGCCCACAAGGAGCAAUUAGCAACACAACAGAUGCAUCAGAUUGCCUGAAGUGCCCUAUGGAAUACUGGUCAAACCAGAGAGGUGACAUGUGUAUCAAAAAGGAAGUGGAAUUUCUAUCAUACACAGAAAUAAUGGGGAUUAUUCUGACAAUUUUUAGCUUACUUGGAGGAUUUUUAACUACACUUAUAUUUGCAGUUUUCUUUCACUACAGACACACUCCCAUUGUAAGGGCCAACAACUCAGAGCUGAGCUUCCUUCUGCUCUUCUCACUGACUCUGUGUUUCCUCUGUUCACUUACUUUCAUCGGUCGGCCCUCUGAGUGGUCCUGUAUGCUGCGCCACACAGCAUUUGGGAUCACCUUUGUCCUCUGCAUCUCCUGUGUUCUGGGGAAAACAAUAGUGGUGUUAAUGGCCUUCAGAGCUACACUUCCAGGCAGUAAUGUCAUGAAAUGGUUUGGGCCUCUACAGCAGAGACUCAGUGUAUUUGCCCUUACUCUCAUACAGGUCUUUAUCUGUGCGCUCUGGUUGACAACUUCUCCCCCUUUCCCUUAUGAGAAUAUGAAUUACUAUCAGGAAAAAAUCAUAUUAGAAUGUCAGUUAGGUUCAGCUAUAGGUUUCUGGGCUGUGCUGGGUUAUAUUGGAUUCCUGGCUAGUUUAUGUUUUAUUUUGGCUUUUCUGGCUCGCAAACUACCUGAUAACUUCAAUGAAGCCAAGUUCAUCACAUUCAGCAUGCUCAUAUUCUGUGCUGUUUGGAUCACUUUCAUCCCAGCUUAUGUCAGCUCUCCUGGAAAGUUCACUGUCGCAGUGGAGAUAUUUGCCAUUUUGGCCUCAAGUUCUGGUUUACUAGUUUGUAUAUUAAUUCCAAAAUGUUAUGUAAUUCUAUUCAGGCCGAAUGAAAAUACAAAAAAACAUCUAAUGGCAAAAACACCAAAUUAG